AUGGUGAACACAAGGUCAAAAAGUACGCCGCUGAUUGGAAAAGAUGUUCUGGACAGGGUCACGAAGAGAACAAGGCAGCCACGGGCAUCAGCAGCAGCACCAGCAGGACCAAUACUAGCACCGAUCAAAGCAGCGGUCGCUGCAGCUGUGCAAGCGGCAGCACAAGUUCAGCAAGAGGCGCCAGCAGUACAGCAGGCACUGGACAUCGGCCAGGCUCUUCCAGAACCGCAAGAUGAUAGUACACAGAGCUCUGAUGAUAGCCUGCUAGAUGGAGUGCAAAAUGAAGAGAGGGAGAUUCUGAGCUUCAUCCAGGAGUCCGGCGAGACUAUCAUCGCUGCCAUGAUCAACUCCAAGGGCGAUGGCGUGGUUUGGGACAAUCCUCUCCCCAUACAUAUCUUCCUAACGUAUUGGCCGGACUUGGAACAUCCUUGGACAGACGGUGAUUCUCCAGAGGUACAAUGGCUUCAAGGCGCAUGUGCAUUCACUAGAGCGGGCGCAUCGGACCUUGAGCUUGAAAAGUACGUCGAAGCAUAUGAGGAGUUCAAAGCGCUGUCGGUCCUUGAAGGAUACCCUCUGGUCGGCCCAACCAACUUGGAUCCUGGGCCUCUUGUGGACCAUCUCGUCGACUUGAAGGGACAGAUCUGGGACCAUGCGGUUGCAGGAGCUGCUUCGCUCGCGGAUAAUGACGAGGAUGCCGCUUCCUUCACACAGCAGCUUACCGAUCAGAGGGAUAAGGGCCCUGCGACUAGAGGAUCGCCCGUUCGUUUUGUUUGGGAACUCCUUUGGGGUCAAGCGCGGACAUCGUUUUCCAAGAAGGAGCCUCCAGGAGAAGAGCAGGCCGAGUUUGACGUGCUUUUGGAAGAAGCCUACCGUCUCGUCGAGAUGAGUGAGAGGUUCAGGUUUCCCCCAAGAAUCACCAUGGAGAUGGCUCCGGAAGAUGUUUGCCAAUCGAUAGAUGAAUUACGCAGACAGAGCGUCGACGAGGCCGUGCAAGAAUGGGAUCGAGGUAACAUCACGAACGACGGCUCUUUCAAUCAGCGAAGAGAUCGCUUCUUGAACGAGAUUGGAGAAGACGGAUAUACCGGCUGGGGUUACGGUCCGCGAGACGAAGUCCGAUGGGAGCGCAACAUAGCCAAGUCCUUCUCCAAAUUUUCAGCACGUUUCAAUGCCGAACGCCCACCAGGACUUGCCUUAUGGGACGAAGUGAUGAAACUGACAUAUCUCAAAGCUCGUUUCAAUAUGGAAGUACUCCUCCCGCACUGGCCUCUGGAUAUGCCAGCAGCGGGUUAUGUCGUGCCAAGAGCCAAACCUGCAAUGUUUGAAAAGGCCAUUGAGUUGAUGACUUCACAGUGGGAGAUAGCGAUCGAUCAGGCAGAGGCAGCUAUUGGCGAGGUGGAUGAGUAUCAGGCGAAUGCAGACCAAAUGCGCACUCAGUAUGACCAGGUCUUGCGCGAUGCCAGAAAUCUGACGGAAUGGCCGAUUCUGCCAGAUCAGUUCAGGUUGAGCUUUGCAUGGGAUGCAUUGUACGAGAGACUCCCUCAGUCAACGGAUGUGGUUGCUAGAUCGCGGAUCGAUGAUCUUCGUAAGGACGUCUACGAGGCAAACUGGCGCUUUGGUGAUCAAAGCAUCCUUCCUUUGCCGAUAGACGACGACGAGAGCCUCGAGAGCUAUACGAGCCGGCUUUCACCACAUGUUCAAGAAGCACGGAAAGCAGCACCUUUCGCAGCGUGGCAAAGUCUUAUUGAUCGGACACCAGUAGGAGCAGAGAAGGAUGGUUGGACCGCCAGAUUCCAAGUGAUGAAACAGUCUGCCAAUAGAAAUGGAAGGUAUUACAGGCCUGGGCAAAGAGCGGCUGCUGUCCCACCCCUUCCAUUAGGCGGAAGAAGGUUGGGACCUGGAUCCGGUCGUGGUGCUCCGGCCGGAACGUGGAAGUUCCUCGCGACGGCUGGAAUUGGAGGACAUGGACAUGCAGGUUCUUAUUUGAGGAGUAAUUGGAACAAACCCAGGAUGUGGCAUAGAGACCAGAAUUUCAGAGUGCCUCUGGAGUACAAGAUUGUCUCUGAUUUGAAUGCACUUGAACAAUCCGUAAAUGUCAUUCGAUACAUCAGCUAUGGAAUCUACGAGAGGCUGCGAAUGCAUAGGAUAUAUAUGGAGCUUUGCCCGCAUGGAACCCUGCACGACCUCCAGUCACGACAUAGAAACAUCUUCACCAUGGGCCAGAUAGAUGCGUUCGGAAACUUGCUCGAGUCACGUAUCCCAGUCCGCGCGAUCUGGUGCAUCUUUGAGGCUCUAGCCUCAGCACUGUACCUGCUGCAAGAAGGUAGCCUCCCGGGACUUCCGAGACCAGCUGUUCAGGCCACGCCAGUAAUUCAUCGUGAUCUUAAACCUGCAAACAUCUUCCUGGCCUUACCAGACCAGACUCUAUGGAGAGGAAUACCGAUACCAAAGGCAAGUGAAUUACCACGAAGAUCAAGUUCCAUCACUAACAAUCCGCAGAUGGGAGACUUUGGACAAGUGAUCCCAAUAACGAGCGACGACCUCCAAACACUCAACGUUGGCACAUCAGGAUGGCGAGCACCUGAACACAUGACCUACCUCCCAACACACCCUCACUUCGACCACAACAACCCCGUGUCCGUCGCAUGCGACAUCUGGGCCAUAGGCCGAAUCAUGCUAGCAUUAAUGAAUCGCGACCCUACUACUGAUAUUACUCCGCAUCCCUACGGCAGCAUCCCUAUCAUUCCCCCUUUUGCCCCAGGAAUCGAAGCCUACUAUCCAGCGGAACUAGUCAGGCUUGUGCGUGCCUGUUUGGAAAUGGAUCCGGCUGAUAGGAUCAGAAUUGAUGUUCUUUGGCGAGAUAUUCAUUCUGCGGUUGCUAGUUAUGUCGGAUUGUCGGGGAUUCCUUUGAAGGCGAGAGAUGGGGAUGUAGGGGAGGAUAUUCGGUUUAAAGGUGAUACUUAUUUGGCUUUUGCGCCGGAUCUUCAGGGGGCGGAGUUGAAUAGACCUUAUGAGGGGUCUGGGACUCCUGUGUGA